AUGGCGCCACGAGGAGCCCGUGGUGGUGGUCCUAGUGGUAGUCACACUGGUGGUUGUGAUGCUGGAGAUAGAAAUGCAUCUCAAUCACACAAUAAUGCAGAAAAUCAACCUUCUUCUUCUUCAGUUAGAGGAUCAAACAUCUUGGAACAAGUUCCAAGUAACCCAUCAAAAAGGAAGUUCAUUGAAGUCGAUUCUGAAAACGAAUUUACGGAUCAGAUUUCAGUGAUCAGAGCCAUCACAUGUAUACUGAAGACGAUGUUUGACGGCCCAUGGACCUCAUGGAAGAAGGUUGACAAAGAACAUCGUGAUGCAAUGUGGGAACACUUCAAGGGUUUGUAUGUCUGGCCCGAAGAGACUGAUGUUCUUGCUCGCAAGGUAUGGGAAGAUUGUAUGAAGAAACAAUUUCCUGACAUAAUUCGAAGAGAACGUGAAGAAUCUUUAAAACUUUCCAAAGCUGCAAAUGUCAAUGCCUCACUAGAAGGGAAAAAUAACAAAAAUAAAUUAGAAGAUGGCUCUGUUUCCAAACAUACCGGGGGUUCUAUAUCUAUUCGUCAACAUAAGAAAAGAAUGCAAGCAACACUUAAACGCCCUCCUACAGGAGUUGAACUUUAUGCAAGGUUGCACACUAAACGGUCUACUCAAGAGUACAUUACACCAAAGGCAGCUAAAGUUAAGGAGGCUUAUGAAAGUGCUAUGGUGGCUAAGUUUGGUGAUGAUACUAGUUGCCACCCCCUCUUGGAUAAUGAAACAUGGUGUGAUGUUUCCGGAGGAGUGAAGAAAGAAAGAAUAUAUGGAUUCGGAUCUGUGUCUGAUCCAACGAGCUUUUUGGAAGGAACAUCUAGUACAAUAACAUCCCAAGAGGUUGUCUAUGAACGUGUACGAAACAAGAUGCGUGGGGAAAUGGAUGCUAAAGCUGCAGAAAUAGAAGCUAAACAUCAACAAAUACGUGAGGAAAUGGAUGCCAAAGCUGCAGCAAUAGAUGCCAAACAACAACAAAUUGAUACAAAAUAUGAAGCAAUGGUGAAGAUGUAUGCAGCCUUGCAAAAUAUGAUGAGAAAUUGAAAAUUAGAGGAAUGAGAACCGAAGAUGAUUGGAUGGACAUGAAAUGAAGAGAGCAGCUAAAAUGUUAUUUUGAAGGUUAAACUUUUUUUUUUGUUUGUACCUCUUUUGCAUACUUUGGAUUUCUUGGUGCUAAAAUGUUAUUUUGAAGUUAAACAUUUGGGAGUUUGAUGUUAAAUGGAUAGUUUUGGUUUUGGAUGUUUUUUGAAUGAUACUUUGGUAAACUUUG